AUGUCAUCUACGUUUAACACAAAUAUACAUUUACAUAUGUCAAAUCUAAAUCAAACAAAUAAUGGUACAAAAAAUGAAGUGAAUAUUUCAAGUAAUAGCACGAACAAUAGUAACAAUGACAAUAAUAAUAAUAACUAUAAUAACUAUAUUGACCUUUUAACCAUUAGGAAUAAAAAAUUGAUUGAAUUGUAUUGUGUAUCCAGAUUAAAUGAAUUGUUGCAUAUUAAAGAUGAAAAUAAAUUUAACAAUGAACUAAAUCUGUUUUUAAAUAAAAAUGAUAUUAAUAGAAAUAAGAGAUUUCAACUUAAUACUUUACCUAAUCAAAAUCAAAUCUCUUUACCAAAUCAAAGCCCAAUAUCUUCCCCAUUUAAUUCUAAUAUUUUGCCAAAAGGUUCAUUGAAAAAUAUUAGAAAGAAAAGUAUAUCAACAACUAAUAUUCAGACGUUGAGAAAUAACAGUAAUAAUGAUAAUAAUCUAAUCAGUAACACUAGAAAUAACAGAAGUAAAAGUGUAGCGGUACCUACUACUUCAACAAUGCCAAAUUAUAAAGCAGAAAGUGUAAGUCCUGACAAAAAAAACAUCAAGAUACCAUUGAAUACGAUAAAUGUUGGAGAAAUAAGGACAAUUUCAAACGAUUCGAAUUUUACAAACAAUAAAUCUUUUUCUACUACCGUAACACCCAAUAAUAUUAAUAAUACCGGUAGUAAUAAUUCUUCUAACUUAGAAUUACAAACCGGUACCAAACGGAAGGGGGAUAGUGUAAUUCCGAAUAUAGAUGAUCCUAAUCAACCAAUCCGAAAGAAAAAUAAAGUCCAUUUUGAAGAUGUCAGUUACACAUACAAAAAUAUAGGACCAACAAUAUCUACCGAUACAAUAAAUACCACACCUGUAAAUUCAAAGAAAACACCUCUUAUAAGAACCACUUUCUAUAUCGAUCCUAAUAUGAAACCACCUGGGAUAACUCCAGUUUCAUCCAACGAAAAGGUAAAAACUCCAUUACUUAAAGAUUUAAUAGAAGAGAAAGAACAAGUGAUAGAACGUACAGAUGGAUAUUUACAGAACAAUAUAAAUGCUAAAGAUUAUGUGUACUUGCUAAUGAAAGAUAAUAUUCCUUCAAAAGUCCCACAAACGGUACCGUUGGCAGAAUUACGAUACAUGGCUCAAACAUUACCUUUAGUAAAUUUGAUUCCAAAAACACAUAAAGCAUUGACCACAGAAAUAAUAAAUAGUGCAUUAAAUGAGUCAAGAAUAACUGUAGUAAGUUCAAGGAUCGAGGAGCUGAGGAGAUUGGGGUUAUGGUCAUUGAGACAACCUAAAAAAUUUAUUGAUCCGUGGACUAAUAAACAUACAUAUUAUGAAAUAUUAUUGGAUGAAGCCAAAUGGAUGCAAGCGGAUUUCUACGAAGGAAAAAAAUAUAAGAUUGCUGUAUGUACCACAAUAGCACAAGCAAUUAUGGAUUAUUGGAACUAUGGUAAAGUCUGUUGUAUUAAGACCAAACCACCAAAAUAUUUGGAUAACAACACUAAAAAUGUUAAUAAUGGAAAUAAUGAGUUAAAAAUAUUGUCUGAAGAUUUUUUGAAACCAGAUAAAGAUACACAAAAUGUUACUAAUAGUCAAAUUCAACUUGAUAAAAAUAAUAAUUUGAAUGACCAGAAAAAAAAUAAUAACGAGGACAGUAAAACUGUUUUCGAAAAAAAAAUUAGUACUUCUACAGAUAAUCUUCACAAUCAGACAUGUCUUGAUAAAUCAGAUAUUGAGCAAAGUAAGAUAGCUGAAAUUAACAAUGAGGUUGCUAUAGUUAAUGGGCCUUCUAAUGGAGAGAGGAAAAUUUUUAUUGAUAGAGGUUCAAUUUUUCUAGAAAAUAUUGCUUCUGAUAUAAACAAAAUAGAUAAAAAUACAACUAAACCAAUUCCUUCUUCAAAAGAUGACAAGAAACAAGAAUUAUCUAAUAACACAAAAGAUGCGGAGACAAAGAAAGAUGAUAUUGACACAAUUGUCAUAAAAAGUAAUGAUAAUAUUCACAGCUUGCUGGAAACAAAAAGCAUUGAUGUAUCUAAUCUAUUAGAAAAACCAGACUUAUCUCAUGAGAUUAAUCUACCAGAAUUACCAGAAUAUUCUGCCGAAGAAUAUGAAAAAAUACUCUCAGAAAGAGAUGUUAAACCAUUUAAAUUAUAUGUAUCUCUAUCAGAAUUCAGUUCAACUGAGAAGAAUAUUAUAUAUCAAGUUCCCAUUUAUACGGGUAUAAAGAAGAAUGAUGAACUAAAAAAACAUAAUAGUAUUCCUUUUGCACCAAUCUCCAAAUCAAUUGUAACAUUACAGGACGAAGAAUUUUAUAAAUUGGUAGAAAGACAAUUUGUCGAAGAAGAACAAUCUUUAGUCCAAUUAAGCAAAAGAAGAGGAAUGUUUUAUGGAAAUAGGAGAAGUCAUUACCUAAGACCACCACCUGUCCCAUCACUAAAAUACUUACAAAACAGAACACCAACUAUUUGGCUUCCAGAAGAUGAUCAGGAACUAGUGAGAAACAUUAAUACUUAUGCAUACAACUGGGAAUUAAUAAGUGCAAAUAUGAUUCAUAGAUCAAGUAAGUCAUAUUUGUCUAAUAUUGAACGAAGAACACCUUGGCAAUGCUUCGAGAGAUUUGUUCAACUAAACGAAAAGUUCAAUUUCAAUGAUUUGAAAGGUCCAAGAGCGCAUAGUGCACAACAGUGGUUAAUUGAGGCACAUAGAUUCCAACAGAGACAAAAUAGAAGAAUCUCACCAUUAGGGGUUGGAAAUGAAUCUGUUCAAAGAGGUCACAGACGUUUACGUUGGGCCAGUAUGUUUGAGGUUAUAAGGAGAUGCAUUAAAAAGAGAGAAAAUGUACCACGGCCAAAUCCUACACAACCAAGAAAACCUAUGGAUUGUAGGAAUAUGAAGAUUCCAACACCAGCUGAGAUGUCACAAUUAAAAGCCCAAAGGGAUGAAGCUCUAAGAAGGGAUAUGCAAUUGAGGAGAAAUGCUAAAAAUAGACUACAUCAAAAGCAAUUGCAAACAGCACAAAAUAAUAAUCAACAUCCAAAUCAAAGUCAAAACUUUGCUAACAAUUCGAGCCAGGUACAGAAUGUUAAUCGUCAAUCUCAAAUAUCAAUUCAACUUUCAAGGGGGUCAUCAAGAAAUCAAUCCAGAUCCACAGACAAUAAUAACAACAUUAACAGUAACCCUCCUGGUAAUAUAGAAACAAAUAUCAAUAACAAAAAUAUCCCAGUAAGACAACAUGUCAAUAACAAUAGUGAAGUUAGAUAUACUGAAGAAGAGAUCAUUGAACUUUAUGCUAGAAAAAUUCAACUUCAAAAACCAAAUGUCACCCUUGAAACUGCGCUCCAGACUGCAAGAAUAUAUUACAAGACAUUAAAAAAUGAACAACAACAACGUUUACAGCAGCAAUUGCAGCAGAAUUUAACACAGGUGAAGCAAAGAUCGAAUCAGACAAUUUCACAGGUACCUAAUGAUGAUAAAUCCCUGAAUAAUCUACCAACACACAUUAAUAAUGAAAUAAAUAAUAACACUUCCAUAAAGAAUGCAUUUGAAAAUAAUAAUAAUAAUAAUAAUAAUAAUAAUAAUAGCGAGAGUAGUAAUGAUAAUAGUGGUCAGAGUAAAAUAGAUACUAUUAAUAAUAAUCUACCUCUACAGACAAAUGAGACUAUUAAGAGUACAAUCCGCUCACCAACACCAGGUGAAAUAUUACAAAAAUUUCAAAAAUAG